GUCGUCUUGGUAGGAUAUUUGUGACGUACAAUAUCCAAAGGAACACCUGGCAUUGUCCUUGCACAAAGCCAAGAACGUCAUGCCCUCAUAAAUGUAUCGCAAAAUGGCAUCUGUUUCAAAUGCAGAAACAUCUAUUCUGAUCAGAGUUGCCAUCACAUCCUGGCCCAGCUGAAUUUUCUUGUCAACAGGGCUCCACAAAUUUAGACUUUAAUGUUGUAAAACGCAGUGUCCAGUACAUAUACAAAGAAAAAAAAAUUCCAGCCACUCUGCCAAAAGAUGUAGUGCAGAAGGAGAAAAUGGCAUACCCAACAAAGCUGAUACCCCUGGAAACGAAGUGCGAGUUGUACCCAGGUCAUCCCACACUAGAAGAUGCUGUACAGAUUACAAAGCACGGAUUGUGGGAAUGAUGGGAAUGACUGACAGUAAGUCCGUAAAUUGUAGCAAUAUUUAACAUGAAAUUUAAACAAAACUUGAAAACGUGAUGUGCAGUAAUUUCACAAUGAAAUUUCUUUUGCAGAUAUUUCAACAUACCACAGAAGGUGUCCUCAGUGCUAGGUAAUCUACAGGUACCAGGAGUGGAAAGAUGGGCUUCACAACUAUGACAACCGCACUGUGGUCACGCUGGAACUUUGUCUUUUUCUCAGACAAAAUUUGCAGAAUCAUGUGUCUGUGUCGAGGGUAAUCAGCUCUUUGGAGGGUUUACGGCAGGAGAGGUUUCCUCCCAGGGACACCAUGUUUCAUGCAUAUUGUCACUUUGAGGCAUUGACUGACAUCGACUACAGCUAUUCCUGUGUCAACUGUGGAUUUCACCCAGCUGUAGUAAUAAUGGAUCUACACAGAAAAGGUGUUUUCAACUUGGAAGUGAGCGACCUCAGAAUGCCCCCAGAAGGCUUCGAAGGCAAACAUGACACUGUAGAUUUUUGGAACUCCAUUCAUCUGGAAAUGAUAAGCCGUGGUUUUUUUCAGAGUAAUGCAAAAAAUCCACUUGCCAUUCAUCCAAGUUACGACCGCUGGGCCCCAUGGAUUGGCAAUGAAACACGUAAAGGUGACACUGUACUUAAUACAGAAUUUAAAAAGACUCAGCCAAGUACAUCCUCAGAUGAAGCCCAGCUGAUCAGGAUUACAGAGGACCGUCUUCUGGAUGAACUGACCAAGCAAAAGGUUGGAGUUGUGAGGAAACUUUGCAAAGCCUGCAAAGUGAAUUCCAAGGGAUCUCGUUUAGAUCUGAUCACAAACCUGAGGAAAAAAAUGAAAAAUCGUCACACAUAUGACAAGAUCUUCCAAAGCAUCUGGGGAGCUUCUGGUGGAUGGUCAGUAAUACUGUGCCCUCAUGGAAUUGUGUACAGCAUCAAGUUCAAUCUGAGAGCUGAAAGCCCAAGGGAUUUUGCUGACCUCCUCCUUUCGUGGAAGCACAUGCCAAACAUUUGUGUCUAUGACUUUGCUCGAGGUUUGGUGGCACAUACCAACUCACGUGUGCCUAACAAAGAUGCAUUCCAGCCUCAUGAUGGUAGACUUGCUGCACCUACAGAAGAAAACAUUGAGGCGGCACUGAACAGAAAACUUCAGGUGUCUCUUCCAUGGCUGCAUGUAAAAGCAGAAAAUCCAGAGGAAAAUGCCCAUCCCAUCACUGGUUCAUUUGAGCACUAUGUCUUAUACGACAAAUUUCAUGAGGGCAACACAAAAGAGCGCAAGGAAUUUCUAAGGAGGAUUGAGCUUGUCCCAGAAUUACAUGGUUGGCUGAACAGUCAAGUUGUGGAGCAGUUCUUUGCUAAAAUGCGAAGAAAUAACUAUUUUUUUUAAUAGUAUGAGUCCAUCCACACGUGUUUAUGAUGAGAAACAUUGUUCAUCAUCAUAAUUCUGGCACUAACCUUCAGCUUCUACGACAGCAAUUAAAACGUGGACACAUACUACAACACCUGGGCAACAUUACUUUAUCUGCCUUUGGACAAGCUGUAAUAGCUCAGGUUGCACAACCCUCUGAUAAGCAGCAUGACAUUCACCAGACAGAGGAGCACCUAGAAGAAGCUGUGGACAGGGAAACCAUUUCAGAGCCGGAUACUCUCAAAGUCCAGUGUGGCCCUCACUGCGAACUGCUUACCAAACCUGAAACUAUAUUAGCCAGUCGAUCAUCAUGGUGUACUGAGCUUCACCCAAACCAGGAACAGCUGCUUAAUUAUGUCCUGGACAUCAACAGACCCAAAGAUGAGUUGAUUGUUAGAACCUCAAAAGCAUGUCUCACCCGGACCGACUUUUGGACCUUGGGUUUAAAUCAAGAAAUGGAGUCUACAGUAUGUGUGUGUGUG